CAUCACGGCACGCCGGCCCAGGAAUACACCGGAUUCAACUUCACCUCACCCCAGCUGCCUAUGGAGCCCAGCGCGUUCAGUAGCAGCAUCCAUUCACGACCGAUGCAUCACCAACUCCAGCCCUUGAUAAUGCCGCAAUGGCCAUCGCUGCUCAACAGCCAGCCACAUUCGACCUACCAACCCAUGUAUCCUCAACCAGUUCAACCCAUCCAGCCAAUGUCCAUUGGACCUCUCGUGACGCCCGUGUCGGCCGCGCCCUCGAGAUCAACAUCGACCCCGCGCAAGACUCUCACAGACCUGGAUCGCAAACGAAUGUGCCAAUAUGCAGAGGAGCAUCCCAACAGCAAGCAGACCGAGAUUGGAGCCAUCUUCGGUGUAGAACGAAGCACUGUAUCGAAGGUCCUUCGGCAGAAGGAGAAGUACCUCUUCCAAGACGACGGCAGUCGAUCGCCUGUCAAGCGCGCGAAGGGUCGCUCUCCUGAUAUCGAGCGCGCGCUUGCAGUAUGGGCCAAGAAUCAGGAGAAGAAGGGGAAUCCGCUCACUGAUCAUCUCAUUCGACAGCAGGCGCGAGCUUUCGCGGCAACCACGACCAUGGCUGAAAACCACGUGGCUCUGAGCUCGAGCUGGAUCGAGAAGUUCAAGCUCAAGAACAACCUGAUGGGUGCUCGAUCACGAAAAGCGUCACUCGCUCCGGACGAUCUGGAUGGUUCAGCAGCACAAUCAUCCUCUUCCCACACUCCUGGCGACACUUCGCCCAUUUCCCCGGGCGCACUGGGAUCUCCAUCUCCCAUCGAAUUGCAUAGUGUGCAGAGCCAAGAAAGCUUGAAGAACGAGAGUCCCGACAGCUAUCUGGAAUUUGGCAGUACACAUGGACCAUUUCAUUCGCAGAGCACGAAUUCGCUGAACAGCGCCUUCACCGACACGGCGCCAUCGUCUUUCUCCCCUGGACCCCUGAGUCCGACAUCACCAUUCUUCACAACGCCUGAAUCGGGUACCGCUCCUUCUCCAUUCAUACCCCAAAACUCGCGGCCGAUUCUCCCAAGCACAUCGAGCACCAACUCGCAGCGGCCACGCAGCCAGACGUUUCCGUUUCUGGAUCAAUACAUGACAGGUUCUGGCGAGUCUGUGACGCCCAAAUACGCGAACAGCGCAGCAUUGGACUCACCGAUGGGAGAACCUUCGGACCCGCUUGUCAAUCUUGAUGAGGCUAUACAGCCACCAGAAGAACGGCCGAGCACGGUCACACCUUCAGAGACGAUGCGGCCACCUCCUCUGCCGGCACAUAUCUUGCAAUCAGAUAUCCUAAAGCGAGAUUCUACGCCGGCCACACCAACAUACUCGUUCCAGCAGGCAACGACUCCAGAAGAAGCACGACAAGCACUCCAAAUAGUGCUUUCCUUCUUCGAACAACAACCCAACGGCUCAUUAGAUCCGGCGUCUUGGAUGGCCAUGGGCAAACUUAUGGAAAAAUUGAAGCUGCAGUCCCGAGGGAGCAGCUGA